ACGGGCAUAGGAUCAGACCAGCCCCGUAGCUUUUUCAGAUCAAACGACCUCCAGUAGGAAGGGAAUCUUUCAAGGUAAACAGAUAUGAGAGAGGUAGGGUUUGGGUUGUUGAUUUGUCGAAGAGCGUGUUGAGGAUGAUGGUUAAAAGGUAGGGUUUUGUGAAGGGGUGAAGGAGGGCAAAACAAAAAACAUAACGGAAUAAAACUUGAAAGUAAAAAUCUUUGGAUAGGAGAUUUUCUAGAGAGAGAAAUGAUGACAAGUAGAGAGAGAGGAGUACUUCUCGUAUAUACAUAUCAGUGAGACAGAGAGAGUGAGAGAGGGAGGCUGCAUUCAACAGAUGAUCAGUAUAGCAAUAUCCAGGGAAGGAGCUGUGUGCUGCUUACAACAAAACAAUUGCUUUCCUCAGGACAAAAAUCUGUUGACAAAUGGAAAACGAUAUUAAUUCCCCAAGUGCUUCAAAUAAGGAUAUUGGCAUGGCAACACGUUCAAAUAAUGAAGACAGGAUUGAUAAGGCAAGUGCUUCAAACACGGGAAAGGAGAUUGAAGCGGCAAGUGCUUCAAAUGUUCUGAAAGAUCUAGCAGAUGGGAUAGCAAGAUUCAAACCUGGAAAAUGUCCCGAGCACUGUAUCUACGAGGUACCCCGCUCACUUCGAAGCAUAGAACCGAAAGCCUACACUCCACAAGUAGUUUCACUAGGCCCUGCUCACUGUGGCCACGAGGAACUGGUGUCAAUGGAGAAGCAGAAAUUGAGAUAUUUAGCAGAAUUCAUGGAUGGGAAGAAGGUGACAUUGGACGAUCUUGUGACCAUAGUUCAGAAGAAUGAAAUGGAAAUUCGAGGCUGUUAUAACUUCAAUCGUAGCAGUGAUGAUUUUGUAAAGAUGAUUCUGUUGGAUGCUGUCUUCGUCAUUGAAUUCUUGUUGCAGUUCUUUAACCUUUUCUGUGAAGAAGUUCCUAUAUUACCUGAGCCUCGGAUGGUGUUUGGUUUACAAGUGGACUUGAUACUACUUGAAAAUCAGCUACCUUAUUUCAUUCUGGAGAAAAUAUACGAGAAAACCUAUUCAGACCCUGAAACACAAGCUAGCCUUACUUUUCCUGAGCUUGUAGCCUUCUACUUUGGACAUUACUACAGGAUUUCAGAGAGACCAAAAGUCAACUCAGUAGGGAUAAAGCAUUUCACUGAUUUUCUGAGAUAUGUUAUGUUGAACGAGUCCCUGGAGACAUUACCUCGUCGUCCUUGUACCAUCAAACUGAAAUACAGUGCAACCAUGCUUCAUAGAGCAGGAUUGAAGUUUGAGGCAACUGAAAACAGUUGUGUACUCGACAUAAAUUUUGUCAACGGAGUGUUGAAAAUGCCACGCUUUGAAGUAAAUCAGAGCUUCGAAUAUGUGACACGAAACCUCAUGGCAUAUGAGCAGUGCCACUACCCAUAUAGCACUUACAUAUGCAAUUACUUUAUGUUAAUGGACCAUCUUAUCAACACCGAAGAAGAUGUGGAUUUGCUGGUUAAAGUGGGGGUGAUUGAUAACUGGCUAGGAAACAAUGCCAUGGUUGCAGAUUUGAUUAACCGGCUUUGCGAGCAAAUUAGUGAGUUUUUCACUUGUUAUCAUGAUCUUUGUGUUGAUUUGAACGCCUACUAUGAGAACAGGUGCAACCAUAGAAAGGCAACCUUGAAACUUGUAUAUUUCAGCAAUCUUUGGAGAGGUACCGGAACUGUUGCUGCAGCUGUCCUGCUGAUCCUCACUUUGAUACAGGCUGUAUGUUCAAUAAUGUCACUUCUAGGUCCAAAGCAGCUGAUCUAGUUUUAUUUCUACAGUCAGUAUCUGGUUAUGGUUUCCCAUAUGGUCUACAUAAUUGAUGUGUAUUUCAAUAGAGUUGCUUCUAUAGGCUCGAAGCAGGAGGUUUAAAGCUACUGUAGUAGCAGGAUUGUUUUCCGAGUAGUUUUUGUCAGCCUAAUGCAGUGUUAUAUUCUGCUAAAAGCAGUUGGAUUUUUCUUUUACACUA